GAACUUGCUCGACGGAGACGGAGAGCAGGCUAGUUGUUUUUACCUCAGAGCGUCAUAGAACAGAUCUCCCGCUGCGCACCGUGCACACUCAUACACACGAAUCACCUGCAGUAGUUUUUGGCUGCUCUCGACGACGCGUGCUCUCGAUUAGCACAAACACAGAGCAGCACCACGACUCUCCACACCCAAUUACGCAAGGCAUCAACUCAAUCACUGCGAAACUCGAGCACCAACGCCAACAUGGAACGGCCGCCGGACUCCAAUUUGCAGUUCAAUAGCAGCUCCAUGGCUCGCAAGAACCCCGCGCUCCAGUCGCUGCGGACGUCGGGCGCGCCCGGUCGGCCGGUGGCGCACAUGCCGAAGGGCGUCACGACGGCGUUCCAGCUGCCCGCGACGCCGCCGUCUAUGAAGGAGCCCGACUCGCCCAUCGUGCUGAACGAGCCGACGCCCAAGAGCUCGACGCCCGGGACGGUGACGCCGCCGCCGCCCGGAGGGGUCCUGCCCCAGGGCCACGCCGCGUCGCAACUGCCCGCCGGCGCCGCGAUACGGGCCCUCAAAGUGCUUUCGAAGGCGCAGGCGCCGGUAAGCGAGAUUAUCGUCUCGACGAGUUUAGUGGCUGUGCGCAAGUUCUGCGAAGGCAAGGAGAGGGCCAUCGUUCGAGCCGCAAUCGAGCUUAACUCGCAUGCGAGAUCGGGCCUGUCCGCCGACGCGCGCGUUGCGAUGCGGAGGCUGCACGCCGCGAAAUUGCCGCUUGCCUACGUCCUCCUGGCGAAGACGGAGGGCGGGGCGAGAGCGGUCGCGUUGGGCGCCCACUCGGGCGACAAGGAUCGGCUCGCCGAGGAUUGUGAACUUGUCCACCGGGACGCGCACCGCGGGACGUCUUUUAUGAUAUGGCAAGUUCCAGAGGCAACGCAAGAGCUCGUCGAGGCGAAGUGCCAGGCGCUAGCGGCCGACGCGGCGGCGAAGGCGUCGGCCGAAGCGUUCGUCGGCAUGAUCUAGGGUGUUGAGGACGUCGUUGGACCAGGCUAGGCCAUGCCCCCCAAGGACUAACGUUUUACUUUGUGUG